AUGGAUGACGAGAGAGUCCGGCUGGUGUCAGCCCUGCGGACGAGGCUGACUGAUCUGGACGCCAAGGUAGUCGCAUACCGCCGCAACCAGGCCGACGAGUUCCGCCGCUAUGCUGCUAACCUGUUGAAUGCCGUGGCCGCCGACGUGGCUGCUGAUGUGGCCGAGACGAUCAACAGCGGGGCCAAAGAGGCCAGAGAGGUCAGCGACAACAGCAUCGACAGCAGCAGCACCGGCCAUGCCCACUAUGCCGCCCUGUACCCGGGUUUUCUGCGUGACGGCGAGACCGCCGACGUGGUCCUUCUGUCUGCCACCCCUCCGCCAGUGCUGCCGGAUCCUUCACCACCGCGCAGUCGCAACGACGACUUCCGUGGUGUCUUCACGCCCCCUUUUCUCCCCCUUCUCGACGGCUCCACCCACAACCGGCCGGCGCGCUCGCUCUCAGAUCCCGUGGCCGCCACUGCCAGAACAGAUACAGCCGCAGCCGCCACACCAUCUUUGUCAUUCCCACCCCUACCGGCAAAAGAGACGGAGCCAGAGGAGCAACCACGGCUCAAAGGCGCACUGCGCCGGCCAUCUCGGAGCCUAUCGUCGCGCAGCCCGGCAGAAUCGCGACGUGUGCGCUUUGCCUUCGACGGCCGCGAAGUGUUGCCCACGUCGCCUCCUCAGAUCGACCACGUGCAGGACUUUUCAUGGUUGCUGCCGAACUAUCAUACCAGCGGCUUCGGCAACGGCGGUGCUUUCGAAGAGAUCGACCUGUCCCGUCACAGCGACAAUACCGGCAGAAACAACACCAAAGAGUCAAGCUCUCUUCAGCCUAAAGACCCAGGUAUCGCGACUGCCUUUGUGGGCCUGCAUGCGUCAACACGUUCGCCGGCUGGAGGCGAACAUGAUCACGUGUUUCUGUCGGCUGGCAAUGACUCACAGCAGCAGCAGCGACAACAACAACAAACAGAGCUGCCUGCAGGUGACCGCUUGUCGCUAGGCAGUAGUAGCGACGGCAGCGGCCUAGAAUCCCACCGUCGCCGACACAGCCUCGUCCUUGACGAUGACGAGCUGGAGCCUAUACCGCUGACUCGUCGAAUAUCCUCUUCGGACCGCCUGCGCGCGCUCUCCAAAGUCCCCAUUGAAGACCCUUCGACGUGGACAGUUGUCGACCCACAGUCUGAUCCCGCAGAUGUUAAGCUGGACGCAAGCACUUUUGUCUCGCAACCGACAAAGGCAGAGGACCACAAUAGCCACAAUCACAACCGCGGUAGCGAUGGUAGCGAUAGGAGCAUCGCUGAUUCAUCUAUCUCUAUGCGAUCACCGUGGGAGAAGACACGGUUGAAGGAGGCUGCCGACGUGGCAAAUUCACCGGCGGCCCCGCUUUCGAGUCCGUCUGUAGUGCUGAGCAAGUCUCCUCCAGAGCCGACGGUCGAGGAACCUUCGCCAGCCGAGAACGGGACCGUUGUUGCCCCCAUUACUGCUGCUUCUACCGCUGCUUAUGAAAGUGCUACUACCACGCCCCCUGUGCAAAAUCCAGCUAUUGCCACGAGUGAAGAACAUUCAACUUUGCAACCGAAGAAACUGGCGCCACAGAUUGAAGUCGAGCUGGCAGAAGAGGACGACUUUUUUGAGUUCGAGCACGACAUUGGCGGUGGAAACGACGAUGCAGUGGGCUACCCUCUGGCUCGUGUCUCAAGCGUGAGGCCGUACAUUAACGAUGACGACAGCGAUGCGGACGACGCCGAGACAGCUCUGGCCGAGGCAGGUGGCCUAGAUGAGGAAGAGGCCAGGCUGGAUGAGGAGAGCGGCAAGCUGGACGAGGAGGCGAGCGGACUGGACGAGAAGGCUGACGAGCUGCCGGCGACGAUGGAAGAGACGAAGGAAGAGGCAGGUGGUGUGGAUGACGCGGACCAAAUGAACGGUGCCAGCACAAAGGCCGAAUUGCUACAGGGCCUGCCUACCGUCGUGGCAAACCACCGGCAAAUGAUGCCGCGAGACGUCAGCCAGUCGCUGACGCGAGCGAGCCAGAACCGGACGAGCUAUAGCCAGAACCAGAAGCAUGGCCAAAACAUAAGCCUCAGUCUGGGCUCAGCACAUGGCGCGGCCUCAUCCAGAUUUGGGCGCGCUGGGAUGGCCAUGUCGCCAUCCACGAUGCUAGCAAUGCCGACGUCACCGACAUCUCCCACAACGCCGACAUCGCCGACAUUUGCCGCCUCUGUCGGUUCCUAUCGCGGCCGGUCCAUCUCCAUGUUCAAUGUGGUCAAGGACCCACGUAUCCUGCAGGAAGUCGCCCAGUUAGGCGACUUCAACUCCUUUGUCGGCGGCGUGGACGGCCGCACGGGCGUGGACGGAGUCGACGAUGUCGUUGGCAGCUUCGCGACCCGCGACCCUUUCAACAGCAACAGCAUGGGCCUGUCAGGCACGCCGCGCAGCCUGUCCGAGCGCAUGGCCAUGGAAGAUUCUUUCCGGGGGCGGCGGUGA